UUCUGGUCGUAACGAACGAGGACUCGUGAACACGAAAACGAGCCCGUCCGAGAAUUGACGGCGUCAUUCCGCAUGCGGUCACUUCCGGUAUGGAGUUGCCUGAAUUCGACAGUCUUGUCUGAGAUUGGUUGCCUCUCCACAAGCGUACAUCUUGUACUGGUCUCGUACUCGCACGCGACGGUUUGGACGUCAUUACAUCCCGAGUUUAAAAAAAAAAAACGAAGCACUGAUGAUGACCGUUAAAAAAUGACGUCAGCACUAAAGGCAUCAAAGACAGACGUCUGAGUCUGAAAUAGAUUUUGUUCUCCUCACUACUCUCCGGUCAGACAUGGAGCUCGCCGCCACCAACUUUCUCUCAUCGGUUGAUCCAGGUUUCCACCAUUCUCCAACUUCCUGCCACAGCAUGAUCGUUUGCACCUACGACCAUCCCAGAGUCCCACUGGAACAGUCUGGACCAAACAGGGCUCAGCCAGGUGUGGGUUUGGCUUCUUCCAGACGUGCCAAGGACGCACCGACUCAUGACGCCCAAGGCAACCAGGUCGUCUGCAUCCCCUCGCUGAAGACAAAACAGGUGCUGAUGAGUCCAAAUGGGACCGUUCUGGAUGCCUCUGGACUCUUGGAACAGAAAAAGGCAGCCCAUUUCAAGACGGACAACAAAAAGCCACCAAACUCCUUUAUGCUGUUCAUGAGGGAGAACAGGUCCAGGGUGGCAGCUGAGAUGAAGAUCAGCAACGGCUCUGUAGUGUGUAAAGCUCUGGGACAGAUGUGGUGGUCUCUGACUGCCCAGCAGAAGGAGGAGUACUACCAGCGAGCCCUGCUUGAGAGAAGACUGCAUGAACAGCAACACCUAGACUGCCCCAGGGUCGAACACGUGAUUAAGAAGAGAAGAAGAAGGAGCACAAAAGCACAAGAGCAGGACUGCCAGCCCCCCCGAGGUCGAUCCUGUCUUGACAGCUUUGUAGUCGAUUUUUACCCUGGAUCUAUCUCUGCUGAGUUGCCAGAGUUAAGCAAACUCUAUGGACCAGACUUCAUGGAUGAAUUUUGCAAUUUAGAGGGGACCGGUUUCUCAGCCAGGGGAAUUCACAUUUAGUCACCUUUUUAUUCUUUGUUUCUGUGCUGACAAGUCCUUGUGAAAACACCUGUAUUCCAUGCCAUUUUCUUGCUAACAAUGGAUCUCAGCGACGUGGUGCAGGAGAGACAUCCAUCAUAAGAGCAGCUCCUGAAAACAAGAGAGUGCCACUCUUGUUUCAUCAUCUGGAGUACAAUACAGUUGGCUUCCGUGGUGAAAAGCAAAACCUUGUUGUGCAUUAAACCUGCUUAAAGCAUUUGAUAUGUGGCAUAUAGGAACAGAAUUUUACUUGGGCUGUGUCUGUAUGCUUGUGUACCUUUUCAUCUUCUUUGGAGGUGCAACAGCUCCACCACAUGUGGUUGCAGACACUCCUGACCCAGGGACUAUCUGCUAUCGGCAGAGAGAUGCAUAUGAAGCUGUAAUCGAAUCAGUGGGUGUGCACAACAGACAUUCUGCAGUCCCCUACAAAGUCCAGGGGGAAACACUGACAAUGAGGGAGAUAAAUAUUGUGAGGUUGUGCUCCAUAGAGCUUAAACUUAGACGAACAGUAGACUAACCUUUGGCUGCCUCCUUUCCUUAUGGAAGGAUGCCUGUCUGUAGUGUCCACUUCAACAUCAAUGCUCUUCUCCAGGUGUUUCUUCAAGCCCAAAGGUCCCAUUACAACAGAACCUGAGGCCUGAGACAAACAGUAACAGAGUAAAUAUGCAUGAGGAUCUCUAAAACAUAGAACUGACCAUUGUGAAAAUAAUUCACCAUCUUACCUGCAUCUGAUUUGUGGAGUCAUCCAUGACAGAGUGUGCAUUGUGUUUGCUGGAGUUUCCGGGGCUGUCACUUCUGCCAUCUCCACAUAGCUGGGCUAUGAGGAAUAAGGAGCUCAGCCUCAGGUAAGUUCAAUCAUCUCAUUAGCAUCAUAUAGAGGACCGUGCGUCUUUAAAAUUAUCCAUUCAUUACAUGUGUUACAUAACAAAUCCCAACAUUAAGAAAACUUGUAACAAUAUAAUUUACCUGAGGUUGCUGUAAGUUGUUCUCAUUGUCUUGUGCCUUUUUUAUGAACUUACUAUUUCAGUUCCUCAAGACCCGCCAUCCUCCCAAUUGUAACGUCUUGUGAAUGGUGGAGAAGUUCAGCCAAUGAGAACAGAGGACUUCAAGCGGUAGCUCAGUGAUCGGCUGACUUUGUGGCAGCUGGGUAACUGCAUGUGGUUGAGCGAGUGAAACCGAAGUUGAGCACGAGCGUGUGACACUGAGCGAGCAGCAGAGAUGGAUUAUUUUGAGGAAAUUUGGACCAUUCCUCCUUUGCAAAUGUUUCCAGAUCUUUGAGGUUGGAGGGUUUCCGUGCUGCCACCCGUUUCUUGAGCUCCAUCCAAAGGUUCUCGAUGGGAUUUAAAUCAGGACUUUGACUUGGCCACUUCAUCACAUGAAUAUCAUUGUCCUGGAACCAUUUCUUCACCACCUUCGCCGUAUACUUUGGAUCAUUGUCCUGCUGAAAGGUCCAAUGCUCCCCCAGGUCCAGGUUCUCCGCUGCCUUCUUGAGGUUUUCUUGAAGGAUCUUGAUGUGCUGCUCUUUCCUCGUGAUUCCUUCCACUUUAACCAAGCUGCCAGGUCCAUUGGCAGAAAAGCAGCCCCACAGCUAG